CAGGCAGCUCCUCUCUCCCCCACAGCUGCCUAUCUGCCGUGCGCCUGUGACGCGAGGCGAAGCGAUAGACACCCCUCUGCCCCACUUGACUGGUAUCCGUACAGCCACUAUGAGGCAAGUCUGCCACUUCGCGUCUUGGCCGACGUCUAUCCCGAGGCUUGGUGGGUAGGGCAGCAAUGCGGGCGGUGAUGAAGGGGAAGAGCUACGGAGCGACGGAGCUACGUAUAUAAACAACAACCCCACAUCCCACCCCUCCUCCUUUUUCCCUUUCCCCAACACACCUUCAUCUUCACAUCGUCCUCCUCCAUCGUUUUUCACAAUCACUCUACAACCCAAAUCACAUCCAUCAUGUCUUUCCACACCUCCUGCCAGGACAUCCACAUCGUCCACGAGGAUGGCAGCACCAUGCUGUGCUGCGUUGCCCGCGACAGACACGGCGAAUUCCACCACCGCAAGAUCCGUCUCGAUCAGCACAUUGGCAACACGGAUGGCUGGUUCAUCUGGGGUGGUGAGAACUUCACCGACUCGGCGAGCGAUGUCCGCCUCGAGAUGACCGAGCACGGCCCCAAGCUUGUCGCCAACCUACGUACCCGCGAUGGUGGUUCCCGGGGUCUUCAGGGCAUCAUGCUGUCUGACAAAAUCGCCAACGAGGAUGGACGCUUGAGAUUCUUGGGUGCCUGAGUUAUCAUUUGAAGUCACACAUUUUAGCAUAGGGGUAUGGUGUUCUGUUAUUAUGGUUGAAAAUAGUUCGAGCCGAUCGCAUAGCUCGGAAAUCAAUGUACCAACUUUUCGUCUUGAUGCUCGCUCUUACGCGGGUUGAACCAGGGCCGGUUCACCGUCGAGUAUACUGGCCUAUAGAGUCCCGUCAACUAGAGUUCUACCAUCAUCUUUGCCAGUUUUCUUACCGGUUUUUGGUCCUAGAUAAACUGUCUUCUUGGUGGGUCAUCUUGAACGGAAUAUGUACACACCACUUAAUUUCAGAUGCCUCAAACACCAUAGCUCUCUAAGGCCUUGGUGCUAAGACAUAACCUUUUUUUCAUAUCCACGAAUUUGAAGUCUCUGGGAAGAUAGAAAUGAGAUAUAGUAAAGACCAGAAUCCCAUACAAUAUUC